AUGUCUUCAAAUCGCAACUGUGGCUCAAACUCUUCCCUGCCCCCAGUCACACACUACAUCACUGGCAAUGACCCCUCAACGUCCAAAGCCAUCGUGGUUCGAGAGACGCCCGGAGCCUGGAAAACCCACGAUGAUCUCGGAUUAGCAAUCGACUUGGUUUACACGACGAAAACCUUCCCUCCCGAUCUUCGAGACGGCACUGACGUUAAAAGUCACGAAGAUACCAUCUCUAGGGGGGACGUAGGCCUGGUCAGCCCAAACGGAACAAUCUGUCGCAUCGUGGACUUCAUGCCGGGAAAUGAGUGUAUCAUGCAUGUGACCCAGAGCUUAGACUAUGGAGUUGUUUUAGAUGGGAAGAUAGAAAUGCAACUCGAUUCAGGAGAAACAAAGCUCUUGAACAGGGGGGAUGCUGUGGUGCAAAGGGCAACCAUGCAUGGGUGGAAGAAUAAGAGUGACACUGAAUGGGCGAGAAUGCUUUUUGUUCUACAGGACUGCCCCGAUGGUUUAGGAACCCAGCCAGGGCGAUCUGGUCAAGAUCAUUAG